ACGGUUAUGAGGGGUAAAAAGAGCAGAGAAUAAGAACAAAAGAAAUUAUUGGUGAUUAAGGCUAGAACAGCAUGUCUAACGUCUUUCUUCAUAUUCUCGACCUGCUACUGUAACUCCCAAUUUCUUGUUCUAGUUGAUCAACAUCCCAGCAAAAAAGGCCAUUAAUUUGCUUUAAUUUGGUUAGUUUCUUGUAUUAGUAUAUCUAAUCGCUGUGACUAUUUUUCUAAGUUCAUUCUAACUCAAUUUCCAUCCCAAUUCCCUAUCUGCUCACCGCUUUUAUACCCAACAAUCCAUUAAUCUUGGGUUAACUGUUCUUUUAUUAGUACCUAAAUGUAUGAGUAAGAAUUAAAAAUUUUCUGGGUUUUUUGUCACAUUGGAUUUUUUCUGAUUACAGAGAGUGGUUUUUUCUUUUCAUAAUCAUGCCUACUAACUGUUCGAUGAAAUUACAGUAGUAUUAUUCUGUCCAUUUUUAUGAUAAGGUGGAAAGAGUAUUGCUUUAAAUUUGAGGAAAGAGGAUGGGAAAGUUAGUUUCAUAGUUUUUCUGGAAUGAGUAGGCCUUUGCUAGCCAAACAUGUAGCUGCAGUAAUCAAACAUCAGAAAGAUCCUUUAAAGGCGCUAGAAACUUUUAAUUCAGUUAAAAAUGAGGAUGGUUUUAAGCAUAAUUUGGUGACGUAUAAAUGUAUAAUAGAUAAGCUUGGUUCUCAUGGGAAAUUUGAAGAUAUGGAGUUGUUGCUAUCGGAUAUGCGAACAGACAUUGAUAGUAGUAUUGUUGAGGGUGUUUACAUUAGUGCCAUGAAGAACUAUGGAAAGAAAGGGAAAGUUCAAGAGGCAGUUGAUGUUUUUGAGAGGAUGGAUUUUUAUAACUGCGAACCGUCUGUCAUGUCUUAUAAUGCAAUCAUGAAUAUUCUGGUUGAGCAUGGUUACUUCAGUCAAGCACAUAAAGUAUAUUUGAGGUUGAAACAUAAAGGGAUUAAUCCUGAUGUAUACUCCUUUACAAUCAGGAUUAAACUUUUUUGUAGAACAGGGAGAUUAAAUGCUGCGUUGAGGCUUCUUCAGAAUAUGCCCUCUCAUGGUUGUGAUGUCAAUGCAGUUGCUUAUUGUACUCUUAUAAGUGGUCUUUAUGAAGGGUCAUAUAGAGUUGAAGGGUCUAAGUUGUUCUGUCAGAUGCUUAGUCUUGGAAUUUGUCCCGAUAUAACUACCUUUAACAAGUUAAUUCAUGUACUCUGCAGGAAGGGGUAUGUUGAAGAAAGUCUUAAGCUUUUUAGUAAAGUUUUUAAGAGGGGAAUUUCACCUAAUUUGUUUACAUUCAAUAUCUUCAUUGAAGGCUUUUGUGAAGGGAAAUCCGUCAGUGAAGCUGCUGGUUUACUUGAUAGCAUUAUAAUUGAAGGUUUUACUCCUGAUGUGGUGACAUACAACUUACUGAUCCGUGGCCUUUGUAAGAAUUUGGAGGUUGUUGAGGCUGAAAACUACCUGAAUCGAAUGAUAAAUAAAGGGUUUGAUCCAGAUGCGUUUACGUACAACUCUAUUAUUGAUGCGUACUGUAAACUAGGCAUGGUACAAAGCGCAGAGAUGGUAGUCCAUAAUGCAGCAUUUAGAGGAUUUAAACCUGAUGCUUUUACAUAUUGCUCUUUAAUUGAUGGUUUAUGCAAGAAUGGUGAAGUUGAGAGGGCCAUGUCUUUAUUUGACGCUGCAGAAAAGAAAGGAUUUAAAGCCAACAUUAUUCUUUACAACACCUUAAUCAAAGGCUUAUCCCAACAAGGGCUGAUUCUUGAGGCCUUACAGCUGAUCAAUGACAUGGAAAGAAAUGGUUGUUCGCCCAAUAUAUGGGCAUAUAAUACGGUUAUAAAUGGACUAUGCAAAAUGGGUUGUUUGUCUGAUGCCAAUACGCUAGUGGAUGAUGCGAUAUCAAGAGGAUGUUUCCCCGACAUUUUCACCUUUAAUACAUUAAUUGAUGGUUAUUGCAAACAGAUGAAGUUAGAUACGGCUAUUGAACUCGUAGAUAAAAUGUGGGAUCAUGGUGUAACUCCUGACGUGAUCACAUAUAAUACUCUCUUGGAUGGUCUUUGCAAGACCGCAAAGUUUGAAGCGAUUAUGGGAACUUUUGAAACAAUGGUUGAGAAAGGGUGCACUCCGAACCUUAUUACUUACAAUAUACUUCUAGACAGUUUCUGCAAGGCCCAAAAGCUAGAUAAAGCUUUCGACUUGUUGGCGGAGAUGAAAUGCAAGGGUUUGACACUAGAUCUUAUUGUUAUUAGCACAUUGAUAAAUGGUUUUUGCAAGACGGGUGAUUUAGACGGAGCUUAUCAGCUGUUCAGAAAGACCUAUGAAGAAUAUGGAAUAUCAAACACGACAGCAACAUAUAAUAUUAUGAUCAAUGCAUUUGGCGAAAAACUGAAUAUGGACAUGGCUCAGAGGCUUUUCAAUGAGAUGCUUGAGAACGGUUGCCCACCAGACAGUGAUACAUAUCGCAUAUUAAUAGAUGGGUAUUGCAAAAUGGGCAACGAUGAUGCAGGCUAUGAUUUUCUCAUGGAGAAGACUGGAAGAGGGUUCAAGCCGUCACUAGCAACUUGCGGAAGAGUACUAAAUUCUCUUUGCUGUAAACAAAAGGUUGAUAAAGCUGUUGGAAUCAUCCACAUGAUGGUGCACGAAGGUAUUGUUCCAGAAGUCGUGGAGGGUAUUUUCAAUGCUACCAAAAGGGAGAUGGCGGCACCAAAGAUUGUUGUCGAGGACUUGCUGAAAAGGAGUUAUAUAACUUAUUAUACAUAUGAAAUCUUGUAUGAUGGUGUUCGUGACAAAAAGCUCCUAAGAAAAAGCUCGAGUGACAAAUCGUGUUCCUCAGUGCAGAAGUUAUGAACAGAUGUGUCACUCCAAAGACAUCAGCUGGUUAUUUCAUAACAAAGAGUAGCAUUAGAGACUAUUUGUGGGCAGUCUUACGGAGCAGAGAUACACAAUAUGUUGGGCAAUGCACAAGCAUCCUUUUUUGUGUCUUGAAUCUGUUCUUAAAGGGUCUUUGGUUAACAUCCUUCAAUUUAUCGCCCUCGUUGUGUCGUUAAUUUUUGUUGACUUUGUGUGUCAUUCGUACUCAAAAUAUUGUGAUCCAAACCGGAGGAGUAGCUGAACA